UAACACUUUUAUUCCACACAGCAAACCAUCAACAUUCAACAGUAUCUCAUCCUAAGAUUAGUUUCUGUCAAAAAAAUAAAAAUAAAAAGAAAAUAAAUUUAAAAGAUCAGAGAUUUGCAAAUAUGGAAUCUUACAUCAAAAUCCUCUUCAUUGCUCUUCUUUCUCUUAACUUGCUCGCGAGCCCAAGUGAUGGGAGGAAAGACCCGAAAACAUAUUGGGGAGACAUGAUGAAGGAUCAACCGAUGCCUGAAGCUCUAGAAGAUUUCAUAAAUCAAAGUUCUUAUGAAAAGAGAGAAACAAUCAAAGAAUUCAUCAAAGACUUUGAUCCAAUUCCUAAUAUUUCAGUUUACCAUGAUGAUAGUGUGAAUUCCAAAGAAUUGAAAUCAAAGAAGGCAGAUUGCAAGGAAGAACAUCAUGAUAAACUAGCAUCAAAGAAAUUUGACGACGAAUUUGAACCAAUCCCUAAUAUUUCUGCUUACAAUGACUAAUUAGACAAAAGAAAAAAGAAAUGCAUUGGAUUAUAUAUAUGUAUUAUUUCAGGUUUGUAACACUUGCUUGUGUAUUUUCCUUAUGUUUGUGUGCCAUCCUAAAAGAGGUCUCGUUAUGUACGUGACCUGAAGGUUUUACUCGGUUUAUAAUAAUUUGCGCAAUUCAGAUUUUAUUUUCACAUUUUCUUUUUGUGAGAAUACUCGUGUAAUAGUUAUAUGAGUGCAGUUUUCUGAUGUAUCGUUAAUAAAAUCUUUUAAUAUAUGUGUCC